AUGAAGGCAGUCAGUGUGGAGAAACCUUCCACCGGAUCCCAGCUCUUACUGCGCUACCAAGAAAUCCUCCAGAAGGGAACCCUUCUGAAUGCUGUGAGCGUGGAGAAACCUCCCCGGAUCGCUCGUUACAUCCGCUUCAUGCCGUUUCUCACACGGGAUGCAGUACCUGUCAGUGUAAGGAAUGUGGGAAUAACUCACAGUGGAGACAGGCCUCAUGAAUGUAGUCAGUGUGGGAGGUCCUUUAGAUACCUCUCAGCCCUCACGACACACGUAAGAACUCACAGUGGAGAGAGGCCCUAUGAAUGUCCUCGAUGUGGGAAAACCUUUAGUGAAGCGUCAUCUCUCACUAAACACAUAAGAACUCACACUGGAGAGAGACCCUACGAAUGUAAGGAAUGUGGGAAAGCCUUCAGGUGUUCCUCAGACCUCACUACACAUACAAGAACUCACAGUGGAGAGAGGCCCUAUGAAUGUAAAGACUGUGAGAAAACCUUUAAGCAGCUCUCAGCCCUCACUAAACAUAUGAGGAUUCACAGUGGAGAGAUGCCUCAUGAAUGUAAAGAAUGUGGGAAAGCCUUUAAGUACCUCUCCUCCCUCACUACACAUAAAAGGACUCACAGCGGAGAGAGGCCUUACCAAUGUAAGGAAUGUGGGAAAGCCUUUAGACAGAUUUCAGCCCUCACUACACAUAAAAGGACUCACACUGGAGAGAGGCCUCAUGACUGUAAGCAAUGUGGGAAGGCCUUUAGGUACCUCUCAGCCCUCACUAUACAUAUAAGGACUCACAGUGGAGAGAGGCCAUAUGAGUGUAAGGAGUGUGGGAAAGCCUUCAGGCAGAUCUCAUCCCUCACGACACAUAUAAGAACCCACAGUGGAGAGAAGCCUUAUGAAUGUAAGGAAUGUGGAAAAGCCUUCAGGCAGCUCUCAGCCCUCACGACACAUAUAAGGACUCACAGUGGAGAGGGGCCUUAUGACUGUAAGGAAUGUGGGAAAGCUUUUUGGUACCUCUCAGCUCUCACUGCACAUAUAAGGACUCACAGUGGAGAGAGGCCUUAUGUAUGUAAACAGUGUGGAAAAGCCUUUAAGCAGCUCUCAGCGCUCACUCCACAUAUAAGGACUCACAGUGGAGAGAGGCCUUAUGAGUGUGAUCAGUGUAACCUGCCCCCCUUCCAGCCUGGAGACCGUGUCCUGCUCAAAACAUGGAAAGAUGGACCUGACUUCCGGUUAGAGGAGACGUGGACCUGGCCUUGGGAGAUCCUGAUGACCAUGCCCAAUGCUCUCAAACUUGGGGUCCUCAAGACCUGGACUCACUACACAGAAGUCAAGAAAAUUCCUGGAGAACAAUGGGCUGUGAAGUCUUCCUCCGAUUUCCAGCUGCGAAUAAAGCUGCUAUGGGUUACUCAGAUCGAAUCCCCUAUUGCCAAAUUGAAGAUGGCUGUCCGGCCUGGUGGGCUCGCAGGGGCCCGCAGCCUCCCGUCCAGGUCCCCGGGCGCCGCCCCGGUUCUCGUGCGCACUCCUGGUCUCUCGGGAGCUCCUCUGGCCCGGGAGCCGCCGCCGCUUGUGGACGCCGCGGAGCUGGGGUGGGGCUGCGCGCCUUGGUACGUUCCUAGGUACGAUCGUGUGCGUCCUGCGGAUUCGGGUGUGGGACUCGGGGGCGCCGGGGGUCUUUUCUUCGUACCUCCCCGCCCCAUCCAGACUCAUCCGCCACCACCCGCACCCCAGCGCACACACGGGCCCACCACCACGGUCCCCCCUCCCCCCAGGCCCGUUUGUGCAUUUCCCAUGUAG